GCGAAGGACUUACACAGGCAAGUGUGAGUGUGCUGAGAGAAGGGGUGUGCAUUUGUGUGUCUUCCUGUGAAGAGGGAGGGUCCGGAGCACCCUCAAGCCAGCCUGGAGGCCAGGGAAGAGGGCCCUGAGAAGUCGGGCUGGUCCCCAGGACCCCACUCCAGAGCAGAUCCCAGUGGUGCUGACCCUGCCCCACCAGUGACCCGAGCACCCCAGCCUGGCUGUAGCUCCAGUGUGAGCAGGGGGCAGAGACAGCCCUGAUGGGGCCUGAAAGGCUGUGACCAUGAGGACCAGGCAUGGACCAGCAGGCGCCACAGACAUGAUGUCGGCCCAGGAGCUUGUGGCCCGCCUCUGCCAGGAGGGGGACCAGCACCUGGCCCUUGGGGAGCCGCCCCUCGCCACAGCUUUCUACCUGGCCGCCUUCAGCUGCCAUGCCCCCUCAGCCAUAAGGAACGUACGGGCAGCACUGGCUGAGGCCCGGGGGGCUCCCGUGCUGGCCACCCUGGAGGCCUGGUGCCGUGGGGACAGCCAGAUCCCAGCCAUCCACUGGGACGGCAUGGCAGUGGUCUCACUGACUGGGGCCCUGGCCUCUGCCUUCCUGGGAGCCCUGUGCCCCGACCACCCUGCUGCCAUCCUGCAUGUGCUGGCUGGCCUGCUGGCCCGCAGACAGCACAGGGAGGUGGAGAGGCGCUGCGAUGCCCUGCUGGACGCCCAUUCACAGCAGGCCCUGGAGCUGCAGCUGACCCGUGCCCUGGCCCGCGUCCUGUCUGGUGAGCAGGAGGGCAAGGGUGUGGCUGACUAUCUGCAGGCCUACGCCUCAAGCUCCAGCCGCACGGUGGCCUUCAUCCACACCCACCAGCAGCCCUACCUCCCCACGUUGCUCAGCGCUGUGAGGAGCCACAUCUCAGGGCACUCAGAGGCCACAGACGGUGCUGGCCCACAGGCCGCUGACUGCCAGGGGUUCCUGGAAGCACUGGACCCCAGCGGCCCCUGGCGCACCACCCUGUCUCCUGACACCCCACUCCUCUACGGUGGGUAUGAGGACUGCUCGGCCAUGUGCAACCGGACUCAGCGGCCUGACCCAACAGGCAGUGGACCCCAAGGUGAGAGCCGGGCCGCCCUGUUGGUCACCCGCGCAGCGACGACCUUGCUCACCGGCGGCCGAGCCCCGGACGCGCUGCGGGACCUGCAGGAGCGCGGACUGCUGCGGACCGUGCUGCGGGAGGAGGGGAGCAAAAUGCUGCUGCGCGCGCGGGGUCUGGGCUGCCGGAGCCGGGCCGCGGACACUCACAGACCCGGGGCGCGGGAAGGGGACGCCUGCGGUGUGCACCAGUUGGCCACGCUGCUGGUGGAGCUGGACCCAGAGGAUGAGGCCUCGCGCCUCCUGGUGGCCGACUCCCUGUACCGCCUGGGCCGACUGGAAGAUGCCCACAAGUCCCUGCUGGUGGCCCUUUCCCGGAGGCCCCAGGCAGUGACCGUGCUGGUACGGCUAGCCCUGCUGCAGCUGCACAGGGGCUUCUCCUAUGAUGCCAACCAGCUGGUGAAGAAGGUGGUCCAGACCGGGGACACAGCCUGCCUCCAGCCCACCCUGGACAUCUUUAGCCACAAGGACCGGCAGCUGCUGCAGGGCCACUGCCAUGCAAGAGCCCUGAGCAUCCUACGAGCAGAGCCAUGUGGGGUGGACAGUGGGGCCCGUACCCGGGAAGCCAUUGCCUACCUCUCUCUAGCCAUCUUUGCUGCAGGGAGUACAGCCAUCGAGUCCCUCCUGGUCCGGGCCCGCUGUUAUGGGCUCCUGGGCCAGAAGAAGACUGCCAUGUUCGACUUCAACUCUGUGCUGCGGGCCGAGCCAGGGAACAUACAGGCCCUGUGCGGACGUGCCCUCGUGUACCUGUCCCUGGACCAGCUGCAGGAAGCUGUGGAUGAUGUUGCCUCUGCCCUGAGGCUCGACCCAGGGACCGUGGUCCCUGAGCUCCACUCUCUGAAGCCAGAAGCCCAGUUGCUACUCACUCAAGGCCUCCAUGCCCACUGCCGAGCCCUCCUGAGCCAGCUGCUGGACACCAGGGCACCCCUCAUGGACGAGGAUGCCCGUGACCUCCUUGCCAUGGGGGAGGCGCUGACCAGAGUCAAUGCUGCACAGCCAGGCUGGCAUACCCUCCUCACUGACAUCCUCAUGGCGCUGGGCAGGUAUGAGGAGGCUGGCAUCCACCUGCAACCAGCCCUGCAGUCCUCCUCACCCCUAGCAGCAGCCCAGGCCCGGCGGGGCCUGCUCCAGCUCAAGAAAGGUGACCUGACCACUGCUGCCCGGGACCUGCAGUGCCUGGCGGAGACAGAUGCCCAGGACCUCUGCUUCCUCCUGCGCCUCCUGCAGCCCUUGGAGCAGCAGAGCCUCACCCAGGCCGCGGCCCAGAAAGCCAGCACACUCCUAGACACAGGGCAGCCUGGACAGGCGUUGGGAUACUGCUCACUGGCUGUCCUAGCUGGGGGCAGCCUUAGCUGUCACCUGCGUCUGCGGGCCAGCUGCUUGGGUGAGCUGCAGCAGUUUGGCCGGGCCCUUGGGGACCUGGACCGCGUGCUGCAGGAGGGUGCCGGGGACAGUGACCUCCAGGGACGAACAGAGGACUUCUGCUCCAGGGGUCGCCUGCUGCUGGGCCUGAGGGACGUGGAGGGAGCUGCAGAGGCCUUUGCCCGGGCCCUGGAGCUAUCACCUGCUCUAGCUCAGCACAGCCUGUGGGAGCGGCCAGGCCCGGCCCCUGUUGCCCAAGCGUUCCUGCAUUUUGGGCAGCGCUGCCUAGAGAAACAGCGCUACGAAGAGGCCUGGACAGCGGCCCAGAGUGGCCUCCUGGUGGAUCCUAACCACUGUGGGCUGAAGAAGCUGAAGGCAAGAACCCAGAAAGAAGCGUCCUCUGGCUGCAGGCUGCACUGACACAGCCAGGCCUGACCACAGGGCCCCUGUCUUUCUCAUAUUGGGGUGCACUGGCUCCCAGAUCACUGAGGUGCCCUCUCCACCUGUCCCCCUCUAGCCCUAACACAGCUGGCAUUGACAGCCUUUUCCGGAGGAAUUAAGGGGAGAAAGGGAGAGCUUCCUGAUGGAGAGAGCCCUGCCCGGCUGACAUCAGCCCCCACCACAGUGGGCAGCCUCACCCCGCAGUUGUGCCUUGGCCCAGGCCUUGAAGCUGAUGGGGUCUGGACCCAGCCUGGGGGCCCUGCAGGUUCGGUGGCAUCCAGGGCAGUCCCUGUAGCUCUGGGGAAGAUGUGCCAGCCCACGUGGGCCCUCUGGUCACAAAACUGCCUUUGACUCAGCCCUGACCUGAGGCCCUGUGAGGCAAGAGUCCACCCCAGGCAUUCCCCUCCCUUCCACACAGACCUAGGCUUCUGCUUGGCCUGUGUUCUGACCUCCAGGUCAGAAUGUGUUCUCCCCAUGGAUUAAAUUUCCCUGGCAGGGUAACACAUUGUACUAAAUAUGUAAGGUCGU